AUGGCCCUGUCCGCCCGUCUGUCACCCGCGCCCGACAAGUCGGUCCAGCACAACUUUGAAGAGAGCGCCGAGGCCGAGGUCGGGGCAGCCAUCGCAUGCCACAACGAGAGUAACCCGACGCUAGGUACCCAGCGGGCGGACGCAGGAACCAAAGUUCGAUUUGCCAAAUUUCGAAGGCCUAGGAGGUCUGGCCACACCAUUGACCAAGAGAUCGACCACGGCGAGGCACUCUGCUAUACAUAUACACAAUGCUUCUACCCAGCGCCAGCGCGAGAUUGCCUUUACGACGCCGCCGACAGCUCCAAGUGCGAGUCAAAAACGGUCGCUGAGACGAACGCGUGUUUCUGCCGAAACGGCGGAGACUUCAUCACAACAGCCGCCGCCUGCAUCGGGCAAGCGUCCAAGGGCAAUCUUAGGACGGUGUACCGGACGAUGCGAGAUGCAUGCGACACUUCGGAUACGCCUAUCAACGUCACCGAGGGCGAGUUCAUGGACGCCGCCGAAGGCACCUCCUCGACGACUUCCUCGACAACGUCAGCCUCGAACACGGGGGCUUGGCCGAAAAAGGACUGGGGCGGUUCUCCCGACCCCAGGAUGAGUGACCCCAGGAUCAGUGGACACACCAGCGGUUUCAACUGGGAGUCGCCUUCGCAUCUGGCAUUCCCCAAUGCGGCGCUGGCGCCGUCACCCCCGCUGCCGAUCCAAGAACUCGACGGCUCUCAUCAGUUCCGACCGGGGUCGACAGAGGCGCCGGCGGAGAUGGGGGGUACACCCGUGGUGACGACACCACCGCUAGCGAAUAGCCAGUUCACCCAGCCCUACCAUUCCGGGCAACAGUACCCGAGGCAGGGGUGGAACCAACCACAGCCAUAA